CACGUGCGAGUCGGCUGUAAGCCACAGCUCGAGUCGGUUUCGUAGCGGUGCAUUUGACGUGGCUCGUGUUGCGACGGAACACGAAACUGCAACCUUUGCUUGAGUGCAGUCUGUGCGCUGUUUUCUGUGUGCAAUUCCAGGAUUCUUUCCUUUACGCGUGGUGAAGCACCCAUUAAGCAACAAGAGCAUCAACCCACCAUCUUCCAAAAGAAUGGGCAAGCUGCCGGAAACAAUAUUCCUAUUUGACGUGGAUGGAACUUUGACCAAAAGCAGGCAAGUUAUUACCAAUGAAAUGUACGGGUUUCUCCAAACAUUGAAGCAAGAGGUUGCCGUUGCUCUCGUCGGUGGUUCGGAUCUCGUGAAGAUAGAAGAGCAAAUGGGGGGUCCACAUGCCGUAUCCGAGUUUGAAUACGUGUUUUCGGAGAACGGCUUGGUCACACACAAGCACGGUAAGCUGAUUGGAAAGCAGAGCCUGCUCAACUUCAUGGGAGAAGAGAAACUGCAGAAGGUGAUCAACUUCUGUCUACGCUACGUGGCCGACUUGACUUUGCCCCAGAAGCGUGGAACUUUCGUUGAGUUUCGCUCGGGCAUGCUGAACGUGUCUCCGAUCGGCCGCAACUGUAGCCUCAGCGAACGAAACGCCUUCGAAACGUUCGACAAGGAGCACGGCGUCAGAACCAAAUUCGUGAAGGCUCUGCUUGAAAACUUCGCCGAUUACGACCUACAGUGCUCCAUUGGAGGACAGAUCAGCUUCGACGUUUUCCCGCGCGGCUGGGACAAGACGUACUGCCUUGACCAACUUGUCCGAGAUGGCUACAAGACCAUACACUUUUUUGGCGACAAGACUGCCCAAGGUGGUAACGACUAUGAAAUUUACGAAGACCCUAGGACCGUGGGACACUCGGUGAAAUCCCCAGAGGACACUAUGGUUCAAGUAGAGAAAACGCUGUCAUGUGCGAAAAAGUCUGCGUAGGCAUUUAACGUAGCGUAUUUGAAAAAUUAUAUCUUCACUGACCUCGUUCUAUUGCAUUUUAAAUGAUGUAGUCUUUGUUGGAAAAGUUUUGCCCAGUUUUUUAUUCUCAAUUUAAGCAUAGGUCAAACCGGAACUACUGCUGGAAUAAAGUUAUUAUUUAGUGUGCACCGACA